CACUGGGAAGUGACGUCAAAAUAUCCAAGGAACAAGCUAGAAAUACGUAAAGAAUUUCCGGAGACGCAUACCGUCUGUUUCAAACGCACUAGCUAGAAAGAUAGCUAGUGAUAAGGCGAAAAAAACAGCGGUCAUUGGAAUACAAGCGCGCCAGACAAAGGAAUAACGAAAUCGAGCUAUUGGUAGCUCAAGUGGAGGUUGAAGACGAAGUCGCUGAAGGACCGGGGCAGCCAUGGUGGAGUACUACCACAUUCUGGGAGUGCAGAGAAACGCCUCUCAAGAAGACAUCAAAAAAGCGUACAGGAAACUGGCUCUAAAAUGGCAUCCGGACAAGAACCCGGAGAACAAAGAUGAGGCGGAGCGGAAGUUCAAAGAGCUCUCUGGCUAUGAAGUCCUGUCAGACGCACGCAAGAGGGACACCUACGACAGAUACGGCAAAGAUGGGUUAACCGGGGGAGGAGGAGGAGGUCACUACGACGACCACUUCGGCGGAGGGUUCACAUUCCGCAAUCCCGAGGACGUCUUCAGGGAAUUCUUCGGGGGACGAGAUCCGUUUGCCGAGUUAUUUGGUGGGGGCGACCCCUUUGAUGACCCCUUCUUCGGCGGGGGCCGGAGGCAGCACCACCACCACCAGCGGGGCGUGAGCCGGAACCGGGCGGGCGGGCCCUUCUUGCCCGGGUUCGGGUUCCCGCCGUUCGGCGCCGGGUUCGGAGGCUUCGACCCAGGAUUCGGUCACAUGGCCAGCUUCGGUCACAUGGGCGGCAUGGGCCAGUUAGGGGGCGGCGGUGGCUUCACCUCGUUCUCGUCCACGUCGUUCGGCGGGGGAGGGGGAGGGGGAGGGGGAGGGGGAGGGGGCGGCGGCGGGAUGGGCAACUUCCGCUCCGUCUCCACCUCCACCAAAAUCGUCAACGGCAGGAAGAUCACCACGAAAAGGAUCGUGGAGAACGGGCAGGAGCGCGUGGAGGUGGAGGAGGACGGACAGUUAAAGUCUCUGACCGUGAACGGUAAGGAGCAGCUCCUCAGACUGGACAACAAGUAGCCUCCUGGCAAAAACAAAACAAAAAAAAAAACAAAAAACAAAACAAAAUGGCGGCCCAAAAGAAAAGUGCAGAUGUUUUCCGAUGUUUCUGUGUCCAAAUUUCACAUUCGUAGGUCAAUUUAUUUUCCAUAUUUUGGUUUGUUUGUAUUUAUGAAUGGGAACCUGUGGCAAUCAUGGGUAGGCGCUGGCGUUUUUAGUCUUGUUUACUUGCGUUUCGGGACCAUUAUGUUGGUAGGACCAGAGAAGUUGUUUUUGUCUGUAAAGCACUUUGCUGUAUCGCAUUCUCCACUAAUGCACUUGGCCUUUCUUUUGUUUUUAUUUUAUUAUUUUAUUUUAUUUUUUUGCAAAAACAAAACUGUACAUUUGUAUGAAGCAUGGAAUUGCUUUGUCACUUGGAUUUUAAACUUGCCAGAUUGGAAUACCUAACCCUUGCUUAAUAUUCAAACCAGUUCACUAGUUUCUAACCUCUGCCAUUUUCUUUGUUUUUGUAAAUGCCGGUAGCUACUAGAUUAAUAGUAUUAAUAUGCAUUCUCCCAUUUUAUCUUUUGUUUUUGUGUGAUUUUCUUUCCAUUCUGCAUGAAUGCCAAUAAUAGCUGUUUAUAUUCUUAAUGUUGUUGCAUUACCAGAAAAAAAACAAAAAACAAAAACAAAACAAGAACAGAAUAUUAAAAAAAGAAAAUGAGAUCUAUUGCCAGGGGCAGUUUUUGUGUACUUUGUAAAAUGAUUUGGGGGCAACAAUAAAUCUGGAGAUUGAUCCUGUUUUUUGGGGA